AUGUCUUACUGGGACAAUCCUGCCAACAUGGCCUCCAACGGCCUUCCCUCCACCAGCCCUUAUGGGAACUACACAGUGGUCGACACUGUAACCAAAGAAAUCCUCCAUAUGGUGGAUCCUCAUUGGUACCAGUUCCCUCCCAUGAACCCCCUGUGGUACGGCCUGGUCGGUUUCUGGAUGGUUGUUAUGGGCACUCUGUCCGUCUUCGGCAACUUUGUCGUCAUCUGGGUCUUCAUGGCCACAAAGUCUCUCCGAAGCCCAGCUAACCUCCUCGUCGUCAACCUGGCUGUUUCUGACUUCCUCAUGAUGCUGACUAUGUUCCCACCCAUGGUCAUCAAUUGUUACUGGCAGACAUGGAUACUCAGUGCCAUCUUCUGUGAACUGUACGCCUUCUUCGGUUCACUCUUCGGCUGUGUGUCUAUCUGGACCAUGCUGUGGAUCACAUAUGACCGCUACAAUGUCAUUGUCAAGGGUGUCGCUGCUGAGCCUCUAAGCUCCAAGGGAGCCAUGCUCAAAAUUUUCUUCACUUGGACAUUCGCCUUUGCCUGGUGCCUGCCUCCCUUCUUCGGCUGGAACCGCUACGUGCCUGAGGGCAACAUGACUGCUUGCGGUACUGAUUACCUCACUGAAGAUGUCUUCUCCCACAGCUACCUCUACAUCUACUCCGUGUGGGUUUACUUUGUUCCUCUCAUCGUGAUCGUGUACAGCUACACAUUCAUCGUCAAGGCUGUCGCUACUCAUGAAAACCAGAUGCGUGAACAGGCUAAGAAGAUGGGUGUCAAGUCUCUCAGGAGUGAGGAAGCACAGAAUUUACUAGGCUUUGUGCAGUCAUGUGGAAACUGUCAGGAGUACAAAAGUUAUGGGUGCCAGGCCAGUGACAGCCAGUUAGCACAAGCCAGCUGUAUCACAGGAACCAUCCGUGUCUGA